AUGGGCCACAUCACAGCAGACGACAAACUCCUCCUGCACAUCCCCAUGCCCCUCCCCGAAUCCUUCUUCGCCGCCGCCGCCCAGCGCUUCCCCCAGCUGCGCAUCCACUACGAAGUCGCCCCCGUUGUCAACUCCCGCCUGAUGAACUCCAACGAGCUGCCCGACGACGUCUGGGACGGCGUCACGAUGCUGUGCGUCAUGCCGCCGCCCAGCCCCGAGCGCAUGAAGAAUGUCAAAUUCGUCCAGCUGGCGUCUGCGGGCAGCGAUUUGUGGAUUGGGCAUGAGGCAUAUGACAACAAGGAUAUCACGUUUUGCUGUACAAGCGGAGCUCACUCAGUUCAAAUCGCCGAAUGGGCCAUUGGCGCAUGGCUCGCCCACGCCCACAACUUCCGGACCUUCAUGGCCCAAGCAGACAACGAAGACUGGGACAUGAAAAUGAGCCUCAGCGGCUCAACAACCGACUCUCCCGGGCUCCGAAUGGGCAUCCUCGGAUACGGCUCCAUCGGCCGCCAAGUCGCCCGCCUCGCCCACGCCCUCGGCAUGGAAAUCUACGUCCAAACCUCCAGCCCCCGCACCACCCCCGAGUCCAAGAAGCUCCACGAGUACCACGUCCCCGGCACCAGCGACCCGGACGGCCUCCUCCCCGCAAAAUGGUUCUCCGGCUCCGGCCCCGAGGCCAUCAACCACUUCCUCAGCCAGGACCUGGACGUCGUGCUGCUCAGCCUGCCCAUGAGCCCCGAGACCAAGGGGUGCAUCGGCGCCGAGCAGUUCAAGAUCCUCGGCAAGAAGAAGCCCUUCCUCAUCAACGUCGCGCGGGGCCCCAUUGUCGACACGCCCGCUCUCAUUGAGGCGCUGGAGACAGGCCUCGUGCGUGGUGCCGCUCUGGAUGUCACGGACCCGGAGCCUUUGCCCAAGGGCCACCCGCUGUGGAAGGCUCCGAAUGUCUUCAUCACGCCUCAUAUCAGCUGGCAUUCUUCGCGCCUGACUGAGCGUAUAUCAAACAUCAUCUUGGAGAACUUGGAGCGGUGGGAUAAAGGGGAGCCUCUUCUCAACCGAGUCAAACGAUAG